CACAAGCGUCCGUGCAUCGUCCCCGUGGGUCACGAACGGCCGCCUCUGUGUGUCUGCGCCUAACCCACCUCAGGGCAAAGAGGAGGACGGAGCCCCGGGCCUGCCACCACCAGCCCCUCACAGAAAAGGCAGGAUAUAAAUGCAGGGCAUAAAUAUAUACGCAACAGCGUGGUUUGGUUGAUUUGGGCUUAUUCUUUUUAACUUGUAGGUGACGUUUUUCAUUUAGGCGCAUUGUGCAAAAAUAACUUUAAUGAAUAUUCAUGAAUAUUCUUUCAGCUUUGCCAAGGAUGUGAAUUGCUUGCAGAUGGCGAAAGAGAAAAAACAUGGAUAGGGCUGGGAUGUGGAAAUUGUGGAAUUUCAUAUGAAGAGAGAGAAUCACGUAAUCCUGUAGUAUUAUGGAUUUACCACAUCGUGGUAAAUUAGUGGGAGCUGGACCUGAUCACAGGAUAGCCCCUAAUAUGCAUUUAAAUGAAAUACGAUAAAAAUUCAAGCUGUGACCAUUUAGAAGCCUGAAAAUCAGCACGCAUUUAAUGUUGCAGAAUUCCUUUCUAAUCUAGAUGGUGCUGUCAGAAAAAGUAAGCCAGUUGAUGGAAUGGACUAGCAAAAGGUCAGUUAUUCGACUGAAUGGGGACAAAUUUCGACGUCUCAUAAAGGCACCACCAAGAAAUUACUCCGUGAUAGUAAUGUUCACCGCUCUUCAGCCUCACAGACAAUGUGUUGUGUGCAAGCAAGCUGAUGAAGAGUACCAGAUUCUGGCAAACUCCUGGCGAUACUCAAGUGCAUUUACCAACAAGAUCUUUUUUGCCAUGGUGGAUUUUGAUGAAGGCGCUGAUGUAUUUCAGAUGCUCAACAUGAAUUCUGCUCCAACCUUCAUUAAUUUCCCACCAAAAGGGAAGCCAAAAAGAGGAGAUACUUAUGAGCUGCAAGUACGAGGUUUUGCUGCUGAACAGCUUGCCCGCUGGGUGGCUGAUAGAACUGAUGUCAAUAUCCGAGUAAUAAGACCACCAAACUAUGCUGGGCCCUUGAUGUUGGGGCUGCUGCUGGCUGUCAUCGGUGGCCUUGUCUAUUUAAGAAGAAGCAACUUGGAUUUUCUCUAUAACAAGACGGGCUGGGCUUUUGCUGCUUUGUGUUUUGUUCUGGCUAUGACAUCAGGGCAGAUGUGGAAUCACAUCAGAGGGCCUCCAUAUGCUCAUAAGAACCCUCAUACAGGACAAAUGAGCUACAUCCAUGGGAGCAGUCAAGCACAAUUUGUUGCUGAAACUCAUAUUGUUCUACUGUUUAAUGCAGGUGUCACUCUGGGGAUUGUGCUCCUUUACGAAGCUGCUACGUCUGACUUGGAGGUGGGGAAGAGAAAAAUAAUGUGUGUGGCUGGCAUUGGCCUUGUGGUGGUGUUCUUCAGCUGGCUCCUCUCAAUAUUUAGAUCCAAAUAUCACGGCUAUCCAUACAGCUUUCUGAUGAGUUAAGGAUGUUGCUGCUUUGUGGUUUGCAAAGUGGAGCACUGGCAUCGAAGAUCCAGAUCAUGCUACCUCUCUUCAGAAUGAAUGGCACACCAAAGAUACCUGGUGCCUUGGCAAAAAAACUGUUUGCCCUAAACGUCAUGAUGCAUAUUACAAUACAUUCCUCUUCCCCAUUUGUUUGAAGCCACGGGUAACUUGUAUUCUGGGCUUUGCAUUGCUUGUUGUCUUUGAAGCAAGUGAGCCUUAAUUCCCAGGGCACGGUUCAAAAAGCCGAAUUAGGUGCAUGCUUAUGUCUUGCAGGUGCAUAGAGACAUUGGCUGUUCGCAGCUCCGUGCACUGCAAGAUCCUCAGAAGUGACUUAUCUCGGGGGCGGGGGGGGCUGGGGCUUUUUCAGAGAAGGAUGGGGUGUUCAGAGCAGUCCUUUAACAGAUAAGCUCCCACCAUUGCCAUCUUUCCAGCAUCUGCAAGGGUUUUAUUUUUCAGUCAGAUUUCUCACUGGGGAGAACUCUUGCCAGACCUAGGCAUUAUGGCCCUUGAUGUGAGAGGAGGGAGUUGGAUUCCAAUGUUCUGGUUCUGUGCAGUGGGUGAUUUGCUUUCACCUAGAACCAACAGAGGAACCUUGAGGGGGAACAAAAACCAUUGAACCUUCCAAGCAUUUAUUUAUGCCAUCUUAAUAAAGUGGCUUCCUUGGGCCUUUUCUUUGAAGAGAAAUUAAGAACGAUGCCAUGUGUCAGACCAUUUCUAUUGCCAUUUACUUGGUCACCUGCUGAACAGAAUUUCCCAAAACAAUGGGCUGCCCUCUCAUCACGUGUGGACAAUUUUGAGAUGGCACCACCAUGUAGAUUUAUCUCUACAGUGAAGUCCCAUUAUUGUGCUGAUCUUUACCAAGCACAGUCACCUGUUCCACUUUGAUCAUGGCCAUUGCUUGUCGUGGGUUGGACUAGGUUUUCAGUCCUCCACUCCGUUCCCAAAACACGAGUGGCAUUCUUAAAAUUCUUUCCAUAACUGACCGAUGGGGAGAGUGGGCACAAAAGCAGGAUCUCCUCUCUAUCUCCUGUCCUGGGUGCUAUGUAUGUAAUCCUGGGCGUCUGGUAUCGAAAUCAAGGGGCAGCCCUCACCAGAAAAGUGGCUGAUAUGGGGAGGGGGCAGCUUAAAUUUAAACAUUUCCUGUUCUGAAUCCUGACCAGAUAUCAAACAUGCUAACCUGUCUACCUGUGGCAAUGGAGACCUCAUAUUCAGUGGACUUCUUUACUUCCAAGACAUUUUGGAGAUGAAAGAAAAUCCCAAAAUACACAGAGGCUGCAGUAGCUGAGUUUUCUUCAGGUGACAGUGGUUGCCAUUUGAAGAGUUCUCCCUUCCCUGUGUCCUGCUUGGUUUUUAUACCAAGGCCCAGAUUCUCUAAAGGAACACCGGUUGGGUUUGGUAACAUUAGCUCAUCUGGGGCAGAGCUUAAUAAGGGCUGUAGAAGAACAAGAAAAAUACAUUUCCUCUGGGGAGCAAGGGGAGUGGCUACUAUGGUAACUCAGCUACAUAGUUUUCUCUUAUACAAGUUUCCUACAUUCAAUUACUUUUCAAGUGCCUUAACACCAUUAGACUAUUUUUUCAGUAUUUGAUUCCAACAAUGUUUGAAAAAUGCAUUUUUAUACGAUUGAGAGCAUCCAAGUUGUAGCAUGGAUAUUGAAAUGACUACUGUUGAUAUUUGCCAGCUUUCAAUAAAUACUUUACAAACAUGGA